GAGUAGUGCUUAGCACUGCUUCACAUGAAGGGAGUCACAGGAGAAAGCAAAUGAUUGAAAACAGUGGACAUAAAGAUGUCUGGUUACACUCCACUGUUUAUACUUAAUGAACUGAUAAGGAUAAGUUUUAGCUUUCUCAGCAUUACUGAGUGUUCAUGUAAUCAUUAUGUGUAUGUGUGCUUUUGAUCACAGGAAAGUACCUUAGUUUUAGGGAGGAAGACUUAAGUGUCAUGAGAAAAGCACUGUGUAUGGUGGGAGAGAACUUUAGCUAAGUAUUGAUUGAUCUCAGCUGCAUCCUAAGGAAUGUAAGGAGGCGGGAAGAAUAGUAUAUAACACACAGUGUUGGAGAUGUAAGAUCAGAUCAUCUUGGCUGAUCUCCAGAUGUGCAUCUGUGAAUAAAGGAUGACCCAGUCGUCGAUGGGAGGGAGGAGUCGCAUAUUCCGGUGCUGAGAGGAAAAUCGCGGCUGAACCCGGACUGUCGUUUUAAUAGUGGGGAAGUUUUACCUCGGAAAAGAGGAAGCGGUUUUUGAGGAGUUUGUUUUCAUUUGGUCUCCAACACGAUGUUGACCGCUACACACCAGAGUACCCUACUUUUUUUUCCUGCAGUUUGUUAAAUAAUUUUGCCGCCUUGCAUUCACUUCCCGCCUGGAGAUAAGUGUUUUUAGUUUGUUCACGGAGCAAGAACUUUUGACCAUGGAGCACUACAGCCUGCGAUGCCAGGUAUGCUGCUCCACAUUUACUGCGGUAUCCCUUUUGAAGAAACAUGUGUGGUCGGGGAUGCACAGACUGAAAAUGAAAGAAAUCUUCCAAAAUGAUACAUUCAAGCCUUAUGGUUUCAUUCCCAGCAUUGUUAUUAUUGAAGGCACUGGUAAAACCAAACAACCCAUGUUAGGUCUGUCUCUGCUGACUUUGUGUUUCAGUCCAGGCACAUCAACCCAGGUUUACCUGUGCCAUGUCUGUGAGGAAAUGUGUCCAUCAAACAAGAUUGUAUGGCACCUUUCUUCUGGUGACCAUUACAGCAACUACUUUAGCUACACAAACCCUAAUGAAAUGAGUUUUUCAUGGAUGCCUGGCAUGAAGUUCAGAGCCAUUCUGAGGUCUCAGAUAAACAAAGAACUUGAAGAAAGAGGAUCUGGGUCCCUACAGAUUUUGCAUUUACCUGAAAAUCUGUUGCUAAAGCUCGAACGAAGUACCUAUGCUCAAGUUAUGAAUACUCUCAGUGAAAAUGACAAGCUUCUCAAGUAUCUUGAAGCUGGCAAGCCAAAGAUGACAAUGAUCCAAACAUACCAAAGAGACAGCAACAGGAAACAUCCACUUGUUGGCAUGCAGCAUAUUGUUGAAUGCAUUUGUACUGGAUCACCUGAGAAGAGGCAUUACCUCUGCACACUCUGCAACCUAACUUUUGCCUGGUGCAUGAUCAUCAAACAUGUCCUGAGCUUUGACCACAUCCACUGUUACUUUAAAGUGUGGCACCCCUCUACUUUGGUGUCAAGGGAAUCCUACAGGGACUACACCAACAACUUUGUCUACAAGAUACAGAAUUUAGCAAAGCAGUCAGAGGAAAUUCAUGGAACUGUCAACACUGAUAUGAAGCAAGUGAUCCUGAAGCCUGCUGAAUUCACAUCAGUGAAUAUCAGUAGUUAUGCAGAAGCUUUUGAGAAACUAAAAUCCAUAACAAAGGAAGACAAGGAGCACUUGAUUCCAAACAUCGUACCAGGGAUCCAGCUGGUUUUAAAGAAACCAAAUUCCAUCAAAGAGGAAAACAAGGAGAGCAGCUUGAUGACAAACGCAGCACCAGUGAUCACACCAGUUACGAAGAAACCGGAUUCCAUCAAAGAGGAGAACAAGGAGAGCAGCUUGAUGACAAACACAAUACCAGUGAUCACACCAGUUACGAAGAAACCGGAUUCCAUCAAAGAGGAGAACAAGGAGAGCAGCUUGAUGAAAAACACAAUACCAGUGAUCACACCAGUUACGAAGAAACCGGAUUCCAUCAAAGAGGAAAACAAGGAGAGCAGCUUGAUGAAAAACACAACACCAGUGAUCACACCAGUUACGAAGAAACCGGAUUCCAUCAAAGAGGAAAACAAGGAGAGCAGCUUGAUGAAAAACGCAACACCAGUGAUCACACCAGAACAUACCACAGAGGAUGUUGCAUCAUUGUACAAACUACGCUGUCAGAACUGCAGUGUAAUCUUUAAGACUCUGAGUCAGUAUUUGAUACAUUUGUCAAAUUAUGAGCACAAACAGAUGUUGGAGAGAGUCGAGUGUCAAAACAUUAACGCUGACAAAGCUAACAGAGCCAAUGAUUCUAACUGGACAGGAAGGAAACCCUAUCUGUACCUAUACGCGUAUGUGAAGAAUAGAGCAAAGCGAAAUCAACUGGUUGUCGGUGCACCCCUGGUCGUGACGUGUCUCAGCAGCCAGCGUGCAGCUAUUUAUAUCUGCUUUGCCUGCGAAGAGUGUUUUCCCAACAGCUGUCUCGCACUACAUUUUGAGUCUCACAAACAUCUCAUAAAAACACUGCUGUACCUGAAUCCCUGGAGGCUCCCUUUUGGCUGGGAGAACCAUCUGGAUGUUGAAGGCUUGAUGUCAGUGGCAUUGGAAGAAGAGAAGAAAAUAGAACCAAACCAGACCUCACUGAAGGUUUUUGAUAUCCCAUUGAGGAUAUUUUUGAGCCCCCCAUUUAAUUACCAAAAAGUGAUGGAUCAGCUUAGUCUAUGCCACACUUUCUUAAAAAGUGAAGUUCCGUACAGCAAACUCGAACAGACUGACAGAUUCCCUUUGCUCGGAAAUCAGUUCCUGGUCACCCACACUGCAUGCGAUAGUCAGCUUGAGUCCAGACAAGUGGGAUAUCUGUGUUUGCUCUGCCGGAAGAGAUUGAUGAACAGUGAAAGCUACGCUCAUGUAUUCAGUCGGGAACAUGUUGAAAGAUUUCUGAACUGUGUCCACCCAGGAUCAUUGGAUUCAAGCACUGAUACAGAAACCUUACUGGACUUGGCAAAGCAGGCAGCACAUAUUCACUCCAUAUCACAUGUACAGCAUGUAGAGUUGGCCACGCACAUCUGGGAACCAUGCGGCUACAUCAAGGCAAAAAGGAUUGUGGCAGCUGCAAAGAGAAGAAGUGGACAAGGACCACUCGAACCCAACAUAAAACCUAAAAUGGCAUUGUUCCCCAGGAAAACUCUGGAACAAGUGGUCAAAAGCAAUGUGGGACACAACAGCCAGAAUGACAGCAGGAAAACUGAGAGUGGUGAGAACAAGACCAGUCAAAUAUCUAGAGACAACAGUGAGACUCUGCUGAAAAAGAUUUCAGUAGUUGGUGCUGAAAUCGCCAAUAAACACAGUGUAAAAAGUGAAGAAAAUGCAGAAAAAGAUGUCAACAAGAAGGCUCCUAAACCAAGUGAAAACAAAUUAGACAAAGAAAGAGAUGGGACUGGAAGAGAAAGGAGCAAAAGUAGCAAGGAUGUCCUGACACAGGUGAAGAAUUACAUGAGCAAAGACAAUGUAACAAAGGGGCCAAACACCAUGUGUGAAAAAUCACUAGAGGACACACAUAGUGGUGGACUAAAGCAGGUGACCACCACUGCCAAGGAAACGAGUGGCAAACCAAGUCACAAAACUGUAAACAAUGAAGCACCUUUUCAUGUGAGCCACCAAAAAGAAACUGAUUUGUGGCAGUACAUCAAGAAGGACGACCGAGAUCCCGUGGUUGGCUUAAGUUCCCUUUUUGAAUGCCAUUGUGGCCAGCAUGACCCCAUCUACCUGUGUGAGUGCUGCCAUCUGAUGAUCCCAGAGAAUAAUAUCAUCGAACACCUCAUUGGAUUUCACCACCAGAAGAUGUACCUGGUAUUACAGAAUUUCCCACUUCCAACCUGGAUGGACAAGAGUCACGAAGUCAAAUGUUUGGCUGCUUCGUUUGAAAAAAAUAAAGGCUAUGGAGAAGCUCAGGUUAUUGAUAUGGAUGAAGAGAAUUACAAUAUCAUCUUAAAACAAAACUUUGAUUCAGCCAUACAGACUGUGAAGAUGCUUCAGGCUCAGCAGAACAGUGCAUAUGAACUCACUUUCAAUUCAUCUCUGUCUGGUGUUCAACCUGUCGACAUCUCAGCCACCCUUCACACUGAAACUGAGGCCUGCUUUGUGAUGGAUGACAUCCAGGUGGUGGAUAUGGUGAUUGAUAAUGAUUCAGAAGACUCAAAGAUACAGCCAUCCCCGGUGACUGCAGCUGUGUCAGUAAUUACUGAAACCACAUCCAAAACAACUGAAUCAACUGAAGAUGUCAAAAGGACCCAUAUCACAGUGCCAGAAUCACGUGGCAAUGCGGACAGCCAUCUGCCUGUUUUCAGAAGUAGUGAAGAUGCAUCAAAUCUGCAUGUGUUCAGAGGUGGAGCAAACACAACCAGCUUGCAGCCUGAUUCCACCAGAAGUAAUUUUAAUGAUAAAAUAGCUCCAACCACAAUGGUGGAACCAUUAAAAAUGGAAAUGGUGAGGCCGUCUCAGACUGCAGCAACUUCAGAUUCUCCUGUAACCACACCCACUGAGUCCAUGACCCCCAUCUCCAAAUAUACAGCCAGAUCUUCUAAUUGUACUCCAGACACCACCAAAUCAACAGCUGUCUCUGAACUUUUAUCCCCCACCUCAAGCCUUACUACAGUGGCAUCCAGCUAUACUCUAGCCACCACCAAACUGAGAGAAAAUGCCUACAAAAGUAUAGAAACCACCUCUGGAGCUUCUUCCACCAACAGACUACCUGCAGCCAAUCCCAGUUCCAGUACAACUGCCACAAAUGCGCCUUCCACCUUCAACAGUACUAUAACAAAUACCAAAUUGCCAGCAACUGCCCCCACCUACGCUGCAUCCGCUUCCAAAAAUAAAGCAGCCUCUACCAAACCAACAGGAUCCACCUCUAGUACGACCAUCUCAAAUACAGCCUCGGCCACAAAAUCUGCAUCUGCAUCUGUGUUGAAACCACAGGAAGGCAGUACUGGCGCCGCAUCCAAAUAUACUGCAACUUCACAUAAAGCUGCACUGACCUCUCAAACAGGAUCCAUGGCGGUGUGUGAAGCCACUCGUAGAACUGCACCCUCCUCCAAAAUUGAGAACAACUCUAAAAAUUCUGAAAUGUCAGGCAAGACAGUCACACUGGAAGCAAAUGCUGAUGUCGCACCACAUGUUCAUAAGAGCAAGCCACCUGCUGCUCCCCCCGUGACCAGAGCCACACCUGUCCUGUCUGAACAAAAGAGUUCACCCAAAGAGUCUUCGCCUACUUCCAUGACUAAGAUGGAGCCAAACAAAGGCCUUGCUAUAGUUGGCAGAGACCACGUGAUUCUUCUGCACUGUGGAAAAAGCCAACAGUCCUACUGUGACCUGUGUUCAGUCAGAAUGGAAAGUUCCAGUCAUUUGAGCAGCGUUAAACACUGCCGUAACUUUAUGAAAAUGAAAGAUCCUGAAUGGACUCAAAAAGAAAGCAGUUUGGCCAAGAGGGUGGCCUUCUGGGCUGAGGUUGAGAAAGCUAGACCUUCACGGGCCCAGGAAAAGGAAGUACUAAAUCGUGAUAAAUAUAAUUACCUGGCUUCUCUUCAGGUGGCUGCAGCUUUAAAAAUAAUAAAAGAACUGCCAAGAUACUCCGGGCAGGCUAUCACCAGUGACAUUUCAGGCCCAUUAGAUGAUCGUGAGUCCACUAAGUCGGAAUCUACUGGCACCUUGGUCCAGAACCCUGCUACAUGGCAAGAGACUCUUGAGAACAGACAACAAGAGAAAAGUGAUCCAGAGUUGCAGAACACAGAGAAAACAUCACCUGUAACAUCCUUCAGCCCAGAACCACUCUUCUCUGCAGCAUUGCUGAAUACAGAACAGCAGCACCAAUCGAGACGGCACAAUUCAGAACCCAGUCUGCAACCCUCAGGAUGCAGGUCGGGACACAGGCAGCACAGUGCAUCACAAGCGCUUCCAAGACAUUCACUAACAGGGGAAAUCCUGCAGGGCACACGUGAUUUGUCCCAUUUCUCAUGGACAGACCCUAAACCAGUCAUAGGUCUGGGCUCUGUGUGGGAGUGUCGAAGUUCAUCUGCAUCCACACCAUUCUACUUGUGUGAGUGCUGCAAGGAGAAACUUCCCAUAAAAGACUUUGAUAAACAUAUGAUCAGUUCUUAUCACCGGCUCAUUUACUUGGAGAUACGAAAUCCUGAGCUCGUGGAAUUCUGGCAGGAGCAAGUGUCCGAACAGACCAAACACGAAAUUUUACUCGUGGUUACCCAGAUGUACUCAAAGCGGGAGCCUUUAAACAAAGUGGAUGUGCAGCGUGUAAUGCUGCAACCUGAGCAAUAUGAAUAUAUUUGGAAAGCUCCAUUCAGUCAAGCUUUAGCAGUGGUAAAACACAUAAAGGAAGGAAGACUGCAGGUCAACUUGCCACCCAUCAGUACGCCACAACAAAGAGAAGUAAGCAAAAAAACAGAAAAACGUCAUCCUGAAGAGACUGUGAUGGUAGGAGGUUUGGAUGGAGUCAAACGUAGAAGAGUCUCAAGUCCUAUGGAUAUGAACGGUGUCUCCUCAAAGGCUGAUUCUGUUGUUUCUCUGUUCCCUGAUGCUGGCACAUGUCUCAGUCCCAGAGGGACCUCUGGGAGUCUUUCUAUGCAAACACAACUUAGACCAGCAGUCUCUCAGUGCCAAAGCCUGAUUCCCAAGUUGCAAGUGAAACAAGCAGAGGUACAUUCAAAAUCCCCAGCUUCCUCUACUGCUAGCCCUAAAACCACUCAGACCCCGUCAGUGUCUCCCACUGACUACAUUGACAAAUUGCUUCCAACCAGGAAAAGGCCAACUGUUACAUCUGUCAAAACGCAGGUCAAAUCUUGCACCGGUAACCCCCAACUCAGUCCUCCUCUCGCCAAAUGUGCACGCAGCUCACCGCAGCCUGUCAGUCAGCCCAGCCCUGUGUCGGCCUCGGAGUUCACUUUUGUUUACCCCACAGUGACGUCUCGCCUCCUGCCUCCUGAGGACAACAACACAGGUCAGGGAUUUGACAACCCCAUGUUGUUAGGACUAAUAGAUCUGGUGAAAGAAGUGAAAAAUAACAUCGAAACUUCUACCACCUCUGCUAACAAGUCAUCUGAAAAUGGUGUAGACCAGAGAUGGGAUUCACUGUGUGUGAAGACUGAAAUGGAAAAUGGAAAUUCAGAGUGUCCACUGCUCAAAGCUAUAGUGAAACAAAAUCGACCACCCACUAAAUCACUGGAAGAAAUGGUUUCUGUAGCACCUCCUGUGGUCUUUAAGAACCAACACACCACCCCUAAUUCCAACUCCGAUCUUUCUGCUACCAACUCAUCUGUGGAGGACUUUUCUUUGAAGGGCAACAUUUUGUUCAAAGCAACUGAAGCCAAGGCAGUGGGAAACACAUUACCUCCUGCCAGCACUGCUGACCCCAGUGACCUACAGCACCAGAGAGGUGUCGAUACUCAGGGCGUGCUUGCAAAUAUGAACAAGUUAAAAGCUAGUCCCAUCUCUUACGCAGCCAACAACAAUAUACCAGGUCAGGUACCACAGCCAGAAGGUAGUGACAGCGCUGCAGUUUGUCAGCUGCCCAUUAAACCCAUCAUAACUCCCAGGCCAGACUUCACUACAAAGAAGCUUAUGGGUGGCUGUAAAGUACAGGAUAACACUUGCCCGACUAGAGACGAUCAGGUCUCUCACUUUCUCCCUGCAGUUGGAGCAGCAAACCCUAUUGACACUCUGGCAGCUAGGGGAGGGUAUGGCCAGUACAGUCAAAUGUCUUAUGUCACACAUGGAUUUUCAGGUCCCCCAGCUGUUGCAAGUUAUAUACCAACAGACAACCCUCCUGCUUACCCUGGGAGUUUAUAUGGAACAAGGGGGCUCCACUCAAACCAGAUUUGCCCAGAGCAGAAAGCACUCGAGCUCAGUGUGCCAUCAUUUGGAUACUCUUUAGGAACUCCGCCAGUCCCUAGAUUGGUGUGUGCACAAGUGCAGCAUCAACAGCCGGUGAUGCAGCAACAGCAACAGCAACAGCAGUACUCCUCAUUGAGAAGUGCUGCUCUGCCUGCUGGAGACUCCAAUAUGCUGAAUGUAGCUCCCUACUUAUCUGCUGUUUCAUUCACCUCCCCAGCCAACAAUUAUGGCCUGAAUGGUUACAGCAGCAACAGUAUGGCCCCGACACAGAACAGCAGCAGCAUAAGACUAUGCAGCCCUUACAUCACACCUGCCAGUUUUUCACUGCUCUCCUACAACCAACAGUGAAAUCAUAUCCAAGACAUGUGCAAAAAGACUUUUUGGGGUGAGGUCUGGGGGGUGGGGGGUUGCUUUAAAUAAUGAGUUGUAAACCUCUUUGAACAAAAAGGAUGUUGAGCACCGUUGACUCGUUUCAGCUUUUUAUAUAACGUUUUCAAGUGACUUUUGUACCAAUUUUUAUUAUUUUGUUCAUUUUAAUAAAAAUUGCCUAACAUUGGA